AUGUGUGAGAUCUGUCUCCAGCGAUGCAAAGAUCUCCCAGAACUACAAGAGUCCCUCCCCUGGCUCUUCCUCAUCUUCUGCACCAUCAUUAUUAGGGAAAACCUUGAGAUGUUCAUGUUCAUUAAGCUAGAUCGUCAUCUUCAUCCCAUCACAAACUGCUUUCUUGGCUAUCUGUUACCCCUUGAUCUCUGUCAUUCAUCCUCCCUUACCCCCAUGUUGCUGAAAAUGUUGUUAAUGAAGAAGAUUAACACAUCUCCAAGCAUUUACUUUCCACAGCUUCAUUGGCCAUAUGCUUUGGCAGUUUCUGAGUGUUACUUACUGGCCACAGUGGUCAGUGACCGUGGCCUGGCCAUCUAUACUCCCCUCGUACACUCAGCUACUGUGUUCAGGAGUCUGUGUCAUGGGUUGAUGGUUGGCAUUUCUAUCUGUGAUUUCCUGACCUCAGUGGUACAGACAUUUCAGUUUUUCAUCUUUGAUUUCAACACCAAUCACAUACAAAUCAUUGACCUUCAGGUGGAUGCCCUCACUGGUCUAGUUGUUUACACCAAUGAAGAUAGGCUGCUGGUGAUCCUCACUGCUCAUUUCAUCACCUCUGUUUUGACAGUCCUCAUUCCAUAUGAUUUAAUUUUUGCCACUCUUCUGAAGAUCCUUUCCUUAAAAGGAAGGCACAAAUUCUGCUCUACCUUUUCUUUUCAUCUAUCUGUUGCCUUCUAA